AGCGGAGUGUUAUGCGGAAAAGAGGCAAGAAGACGCACAAUAAGAUCCACUCGGAGUGGAUUUGGAUGUCACACCUCUUCGUCCGCAGCCCACACAGCUGACCUGGACUCGGCCGCUCUGACUGGACAUUGCUGACCGGACAUUGGCGGGACGACAGGCCGCGGGGAAGGAGGCUGUCCAGGCUGCUAGACAGCAGGGGACGAGAGGUGAACUCCUCCCAGGACCAUGGAGACAGAGGAGGCGGUGGGUCCAGCCGCUCUGAAGUGGUGGAGCGUGCCCACUCAGACCGUCACCAUGGCGCGGCGCUGUGGAAAGCAGCCGUCACCUCGCUGAGGCCACACUCUGGGUCAUGUGGCUGGAGAGGCGGGGCCACUCGGUCAAAGUCAGCCAGUCUACCUCGGAGCACACGCAGCCCGUGACGCGUGGCGGAUCUGACCGCCCCCCCGUGUGACCACACCGACCGAGAGCAUGCCUCGGAACCGAGCCUUCUCGGAGCCGGAGUGCUCGGCCGAGUACUCGGCGGACUGCUCGGUGACGCUGCCCUCCGACCCCGGGCAGGCGGUGGGGCGGACGCACGAUGUGACGGUGCGGAGCUCGGGAUGCUGCCUCUGCCUGCCCCGCUUCAUGCGGCUCACCUUUGCGCCGGAGUCCCUGGAGAACCUGUACCAGACCUACUUCCGCCGGCAGAGACACGAGACCUUGCUGGUGCUGGUGGUGUUCGCCGCGCUCUUCGACAGCUUCGUCAUCGUCAUGUGCGCCGUGGUCUACACCAGCGACAAGCUGGCCUCCGUCCUGGUGGCCUCGCUGGGACUGCUGGCCGACGUGGUCCUCUACCUGCUGUGCCGCUUCGGGCUGCUGCCGGAGCGCAUCUCCAGGCGGGUGGUGCCCUACGCCCUGUGGGUGCUCAUAGCCGCCCAGAUCUUCUGCCACCUGGGUCUGAACUACGCCCGCUCCCACCAGGCCAGCGACACGGUGGGCUGGCAGGCCUUCUUCAGCUUCUCCUUCUUCCUCACGCUGCCACUGAGGCUGACGCCCAUCGUGCUCAUGGCCAGCGUCACCUGCGGGGUCCACACCCUGGUCCUGGGGGUCACCAUCGCCCAGCAGCAGCAGGAGAACAUCCAAGGAGCCACGCUGGGAAGACAGCUCCUGGCCAACGUGGUCAUCUACGUGUGUGCCAUCACCGUGGGCAUCAUGUCCUACUACAUGGCCGACAGGAAGCACCGCAAGGCCUUCCUGGAGGCCAGACAGUCCCUGGAGGUCAAGCUCAACCUGGAGGAGCAGAGCCAGCAACAGGAACGCCUGCUGCUGUCCAUCCUCCCCAAACACAUCGCAGACGAGAUGCUGCAGGACAUGAAGAAGGAGCCCAGCCAGAAGGAGAUGCAGCAGUUUAACACCAUGUACAUGUACAGGCAUGAAAAUGUCAGUAUUUUGUUUGCAGACAUUGUCGGCUUCACCCAGCUGUCCUCGUCAUGCAGCGCUCAAGAGCUGGUCAAACUCCUCAAUGAACUCUUCGCUCGAUUUGACAAACUGGCCGCAAAAUAUCACCAGCUGAGGAUCAAGAUCCUGGGAGACUGUUACUAUUGCAUCUGUGGCCUGCCAGACUACAGGGAGGACCAUGCCGCCUGCUCCAUCAUGAUGGGCCUCGCCAUGGUGGAGGCCAUCUCGUACGUGCGGGAGAAAACCCAGACGGACGUGGACAUGCGGGUGGGCGUGCACAGUGGCACGGUCCUGGGAGGAGUUCUGGGCCAGAAGCGCUGGCAGUACGACGUGUGGUCCACUGACGUCACCGUCGCCAACAAGAUGGAGGCCGGCGGCAUACCGGGGCGCGUGCACAUCUCCCAGAGCACCAAGGAGUGUCUUCUUCACGGGCAGUUUGAGGUGGAGCCAGGUCAUGGAGGUCAGCGCUGUGACUACCUUAGGGAGAGAGGCAUCCACACCUACCUGGUGGUGGUCUCCAACAAUGGCAUCAGCAGUGUGAAGCUGUCUGUGUGCUCGUCCAAUGGGAACUCUCCCCUGCGGGCCACCAGCGGCAGGUGCAACACAGCCUGCAGCACCGCAGAGGAAGCAGAGGACGUGGACACCAGGGUGGUGAACCCGUCCUUCCCAAACCCUCGGAGAAGACUGCGACUGCGAGACCUGGCUGAGAGAGUGAUGGACGCCCAGGAGAACGAACAGGAGCUCAGCAAACUGCUGAACGAGGCUCUGCUGGAGAGAGAGACGGUGCAAGCGCUGAAAGGGAAGCACACCAACCGUCUCUCCCUGAGGUUUGUUGACCCAGACCUAGAGAGCCGCUACUCGGUGGAGAAGGAGAAACAGAGCGGUGCUGCCUUCUGCUGCUCUUGUCUAGUACUGCUCUUCACUGCGGCUAUGGAGGCUCUCAUAGACCCCAGUUUGGUGGCCAACUACAUCACCUUCGCUGUGGGAGAAGUGCUGCUCCUCAUCCUCACCCUCUGCUCACUGGCCGCCAUCUUUCCCAGGGUGUUCCCCAACAAACUGGUGGCCUUCUCCACCUGGAUGGACCACACCCGCUGGGCUCGCAACAGCUGGGCCAUGGCGGCCAUCUUUGUCCUCACCGUCAGCGACAUCGUGGACAUGCUGAGCUGUCCGCCUCCGGGACCCAAGUGGGCCAAAUCCUCCGCCCGGCCCCGCCCCCAAGGUUGUCUGGACAACCCCAAGUACUACAGCUACGUGGCCGUGCUGGCGCUGAUGGCCACCACCAUGCUGGUGCAAGUCAGUCACAUGGUCAAGCUCACGCUCAUGCUGCUCAUCACCGUGGCAACCGGCGUGGUCAACAUAUACAGCUGGAGGGACGUCUUCGACCGCUACGACAGGGCCCGCUUUCAGGAGUACAGAUCUUUUCUGGUGCCCUCCAAGUUCACAAUGACAGUCAUGAUCUUCAUUAUGAUGCUCAGCUUGUAUUAUUUCUCGCGACACGUGGAGAAGCUGGCUCGCACAUUAUUUCUGUGGAAGCUGGAGGUCCAUGAGCAAAAGGAGAAAGUCUACGAGAUGAGGCGCUGGAAUGAGGCCUUGGUGACCAACAUGCUUCCUGAGCAUGUCGCUCGGCACUUCCUGGGCUCCAAGAAAAGAGACGAGGAGUUGUACAGCCAGUCGUACGAUGAGAUCGGAGUCAUGUUUGCCUCCAUACCAAACUUCUCCGACUUCUACACAGAGGAGAGCAUCAACAAUGGAGGCAUCGAAUGCCUUCGCUUCCUCAACGAGAUUAUUUCAGACUUUGACAGUCUGCUGGACGAGCCCCAGUUUCGCUGCAUCACAAAAAUCAAGACCAUCGGAAGCACCUACAUGGCAGCAUCAGGUGUCACUUCAGAUGUCAGUAAUGGCUUCACCUGCAUGAAGAAGGAAGAACAGUCAGAUAAAGAGCGCUGGCAGCACCUGGCAGACUUGGCCGAAUUUGCCUUAGCCAUGAAAGUCACACUCAUGAACAUCAACUAUCAGUCCUUCAACAACUUCAUGCUUCGAAUUGGUCUCAACAAAGGAGGAGUCUUAGCAGGAGUCAUCGGUGCCCGCAAACCCCACUACGACAUUUGGGGAAACACGGUGAAUGUGGCCAGUCGUAUGGAGUCCACCGGAGUGUUGGGCAACAUCCAGGUGGUGGAGGAGUCCUACAACAUCCUCAAAGAGUACGGCUUCCGCUUUGUGAGGAGGGGCCCCGUCUUUGUCAAGGGGAAGGGGGAGCUGCUCACUUACUUCCUGAAGGGAAGAGACAAACAAGGCUCCUUCAUGAACGCCUCUUCUGUUACGCUCCCACAUCAGGUUGUGGACAGUUAAAGGGUUUUCUUCUGGUGAGCCCAGCAGACGUGUCCAAGGUUUUGCCUUGAAACCGUGACACGUCAUCAUGGCCAAACACGGCCUGCGAAAGAAUCCCAAGGUCUGCCGCUCCGAAAUAGUCAUCUGUGUUACUGAAGACUGAAGACCAGACCUGAACCCCAUGAGACCGGUUGACAAUCUACUUUUCAUUCAGUGCCAACAUAUGAAGGAGUUAUCUGGACUGACAAUUCUAGUUUGAAUUCUGGGUAGACUUGAAAAUGUUCAUAGUGUGUAAUUCUGUACCAGUAGUGCGGGUACAUUGUAGAACAGGUUUCGGGACUUAGACUGUGACUUGAAUGUGCUAGGAGCCUUUAGCAUCCGCAUACUUUCCCUCCCAAACCAUUGGAACACUUCCUUUGUUUUUCACUUUUGGAGUCUUACUAUCGCUUUAUAGUAUCAGGAUCAGAUUUGUAUUAUUAUUAUUAUUUGAAAUAGGGACAGAUACAAAAACAUAGACAUCUGAAACAAUGUAUGCAUUUAUAGACUGGCUCCACCAAACUACGGUCUGCAGGCCAAGUGCAGCCCAUCACGAGUCUCAAACGAAAUUGGACCCUCGGGGUGCCUCUAAUUUAAUUAAAUGCCUGACAGUAUAAUUGAUGCGACUUUGCCGCCAUCUUGUGGACAACAUCAGUAAUUCAGGUUAAUGACCAUGAAGCAUUGAAGCCCAUCCAAACAACCUUUCCCACUCAUGGCGCAAAUAAAGUAAAAC